UUUAUAAGUGUUACAUCAAAAAAGGGGACUAUUUGUAGUAAAAUUUAUAAAUUUUUGCUAAUUAAAUGGAAUGUUAAUGGAACUUUAGUGAAAAAUCAUUCGUAUCAUGAGUAGAGUAUAUGACGUGCAUAUAGUUUCUUAAUUUAGAAAGGAAAGGUGAGUGAUGGGCUACAUUACAACUUGAAGGUUGAGAUUUCACGUAAAGAGCAUAUUGGUGUUCUUGUUUUCUUUCUGCUUCUGAUUCUAUAGAUCGAGGGGGAGAAGGAAGAGACACGAAAAGAAAUUAGAAUUUGACGACGCAAUGGGAGAGAAAUAUACUUAACUACUGCAAGGGAAUAAUUCGAGACGCGCAUAGACGCAUUGACACUUCCGUUUCAUUCUCUUUCCUUUCCUCCCUGUUUCUUUGGUAAUUUCUGUUUGCAAAGAAUCCCCUCCAACAUUCCAAUUACCUUCUCUCUCUCUCAAGAUCUUAUUUUUACAUGCUGGUGAUCGGUGACGCAACAAAGACAGGCUUAAGGAUCUGAGAGGGCCACCGCCACGCAGAUCUCUGGCAAUUUCUGUCGAUUCAGAAUCCGGGUCUUGUUUGAUUCGCAAUGAGUUGGAGAUACAGGGCCGGGUUGUUCCUGAUAGCGGCUGUUGUUGUUAUAUGGGUCUCCUCUGCAGAGGUCACCCAGGGCAUAUUUACAGAUUAUAAGCAGCCAUUCGCAAUAACAUAUCUCGGAGCUUCUCUUAUGGUAGUCUACCUCCCAAUAUCAUUCCUAAAGGAUUGGUUGUGUAAUAUCCUAAAACGUUGCUCUUCUAAAAGCGGUAGAAAUGCAGAAAGCCUAAAUGAUUUUUCUGCUGGUCUUAGUUCUACUCUAAAAUACAUUGGAGGCCAGAAAAACUUUGAACUGGAACUUCAGGGGACUUUGACUAGAAAAGAUAGUGAAGCAGACCUUUCACUUCGUGCGGAAGCAAGUCCAUUGGUCGCUAAACACAAAGAUGAUGCACACAUACUGAAACAAGAUGGGGAGCUUACAACCAAAGAAAUUGCUACUUAUGGAUUUUACAUAGCUCCAAUCUGGUUUGUAACUGAGUAUCUAUCAAAUGCUGCACUGGCACAUACAAGUGUUGCAAGUACAACAGUAUUAUCAUCUACUUCAGGACUUUUUACUCUUUUCAUUGGUGUUUUUCUGGGCCAAGAUUCUUUAAACCUUGCAAAAGUAGUUGCGGUCUUUGUCAGCAUGGCUGGUGUUGUCAUGACAACCAUGGGAAAAACCUGGGCUAAAGAUGACUCACAGAUGAAUGCUUCUGCCAAUGGGAAACGUUCUCUUGUUGGUGAUCUUUUUGGCCUUCUCUCAGCUAUGUCAUAUGGUUUAUUUACAGUGCUUCUUAAAAAGUUUGCUGGUGAAGAAGGAGAAAGGGUUGAUGUGCAGAAGUUGUUUGGCUAUAUAGGAUUAUUUACACUUGUAGCACUAUGGUGGCUUGUUUGGCCAUUGACAGCCUUGGGAAUUGAACCCAAGUUCACAAUCCCUCAUUCUGCUACGAUGGAUGAAGUUGUGCUUGCCAAUGGUCUUAUUGGAAGUGUCCUCUCUGACUACUUUUGGGCACUCUGUGUUGUAUGGACGACUCCACUGGUUGCCACCUUGGGCAUGUCACUCACCAUCCCUCUUGCUAUGUUGGCUGACAUGGUAAUCCAUGGUCGUCACUAUUCAGCAGUUUACAUUCUUGGCUCAGUUCAGGUAAUCUUUGAAAUUUUCUUUGAGUUUGUUGUAAAAAUUAUCAUCUGUUGUGUCUUGUUAAAUCAAUUUGUUGGAAGUUUAUUGAAGCUAAUUAUUAUUGGUGUGAAUUAGGCGGAAAGUGGUGUUGUUGAGUGGUAGGGCACUGUUUACAUUUCUCUUAUGGAUGUGAUCUGAUUGCUUCUUUUUUUGUCUAUUCUUUUCUGUUUUUUUUUUUUUUUUGGGAAAAAGGAAAUGUAGGGUCUCAAACAUUUAUAUUUUCGGUUCUAUCGUUUGGUAAUUAUGAGCAGAUCUCUUUACGAACUAGCUGUUGUAUUCAGAAUACCAUCUAGUGACUCAUAUGGCCAGCUGUGUUUGAAGUUUGAUAUCUCUUAUGUUGCUUUCCUUUGAUGGUAUA